UCUGCCAAGAAGAACUUCAUGUACCAUAGAAGAAGAACAGCGUAUUGAGCUUUAGCUAAAACGGUUUGUAAACUCGUUUUAUCGUUUAUAUUUCAAUAAUAAGAGGAAGUCAACGCUGAAAUGAAACUUGACAUCAUAACGGGACCUUCUGCUGUCAAACUAACAAUAAACUGUUGUGAGCUGGAAAUUUAGUGGCUGAGUGACAACAAAGACGACCCGGUAGAUACGUCGUGCCUGCUAGCAGUGGUGCAGGACGUUUUAUUUGCGUCAGCAGACAAUAAGAAAACCUGGCAUGACGGGGAUGGCCUCUCCGGAGAAGGCAACAAGCUCCAAGAAGAAGAGUGAGAGGAAGUGUGCCUCUAAAGAGGAGUACAGGCAGCUGUCCAGCAUCAUGGGAGUCAUGAACAACCUGAGAAAACAGGGUACAUUGUGUGAUGUGACUCUAGUGGUUCAGGGGAAACACCUUCCUGCACACAGAGUUGUACUCGCAGCUGCCAGCCAGGUCUUCAGCCUCAUGUUUACCACCAGAAUGAUGGAGUCGAUGUCCCAUGAGGUGGAGCUCAGGAGUGCUGAGCCAGAAAUUAUUGAGCUGUUGAUUGAAUUUAUUUACACGGCAAGAAUCUCGGUCAACAGUAGUAAUGUCCAGUCAUUGCUGGAUGCAGCCAACCAGUACCAAAUAGAGCCAGUGAAGAAGAUGUGUGUGGAGUUCCUUAAAGGACAGAUUGAUGCAACAAACUGUCUGGGUAUCUCAGCCCUUGCAGACUGUAUGGAUUGUCCAGAGCUGAAGUCUGCAGCGGAGGACUUUUUCCAGCUUCAUUUCACAGAAGUCUACAAGCUGGAUGAGUUCUUGCAGCUCGACGUUUCCCAGCUCACGCAUUUGCUACAUCAGGACAAACUAACUGUCCGUGCUGAGGCUCAGAUUUAUGAUGCUGCAGUGCGUUGGCUGAAGUAUGAUGUGUCCAAUCGCAAACAGCACAUGGUGGAGGUGUUGGGAUGUGUUCGCUUUCCUCUGGUUUCCAAGACGUUCCUCUCAAAGACCAUACAGGCUGAGCCCCUCAUUCAGGACAACCCACAGUGCCUCAAGAUGGUCAUCAGCGGGAUGCGGUACCACCUGCUGUCUCUGGAAGAUCGAGAGGACCUGGGUGAGAGCAGCCGGCCUCGACGCAAAAAACACGACUACCGCAUUGCUUUGUUUGGAGGCUCACAGUCUCAGUCCUGUCGCUACUUCAACCCAAAGGACUCCAGCUGGACCGACAUCCGCUGCCCCUUUGAGAAGCGUCGGGACGCCACCGCCGUCUUCUGGGACAACGUGGUGUACAUCCUGGGGGGCUCACAGCUGUUCCCCAUCAAGCGGAUGGACUGCUACAAUGUUCUGAAGGACAGCUGGUACUCCAAGCUGGGCCCACCCACACCUCGUGACAGCCUGGCAGCCUGUGCUUCUCAGGGCAAGAUCUACACGUCUGGAGGGUCAGAAGUUGGAAGCUCAGCCUUGAACCUUUUUGAGUGUUAUGACACAAGAACGGAGUCGUGGCAGGUGAAGGCGAGCAUGCUGAUGGCCCGUUGCUGUCACGGCUCAGUGGAGGCCAACGGGCUCAUUUAUGUGUGUGGAGGAACGGUGGGCAACAACGUGUCUGGGAGGAUGCUCAACAACUGUGAGGUGUAUGAUCCCAACACACAACAGUGGCGAGAGCUGUGUGGGAUGAAAGAGUCCAGGAAGAACCACGGGCUGGUGGUUGUCAACAACAGGAUCUAUGCCAUCGGAGGACAAGGGGUUUUAGGUGGACUGGACUCAGUGGAGUAUUACGACAUUGCCAGUAACGAGUGGCGAGCUGCGUCUCCAAUGCCGUGGAGGGGCUUGACCGUGAAGUGUGCUGCUGUGGGAGAUGUCAUCUAUGUGCUGGCAGGGUUUCAGGGGGUGGGGCGGCUCGGGCACGUCCUGGAGUACUACACCGAGUUUGACAGGUGGUUGACGUGCAGCAAAGUGAGAGCCUUCCCCGUCACCAGCUGUCUGAUCAGCGUGGUGGACACAUGCGGAGUGAACGAAGACGAAGACAUGGACCUGAUCGACUCCCAGCCGCACGCCGCAUCUGCUGAACCUUCAUCUGCCUCCACCUCCUCAUCCUCAUAGGAUAGAAAACACAUCGGUAGUGAUCGGAGAUGUUUGGUGGUGAUUUGCUGAGUUGAGGCAGGGUCAUUGUUGCUUAGACAGUUCAUUCUAGAAUUCAUUCAGUUGAAACUAAACUGCUUUGGUUCGUUUACUUUCAUUUUUGACCUUUUUCAAAGUUGCAGAUCGAUUUCUAGCAAGUGUAUUAUUAUUAUUAUUUUUAUUAGAAACAGCAGAAGCACAAUAAUUAUUAAAACAUUGAUGAUUAUUUUAAAAUAUCUUUGAAGGAAGUGUGUAAACAUUUUGUUUUUAUUUAUGUUGUUACAAAUAAAAAGAAUGUGUAUUCUAAAA